CACUUACCCCGCACGGAAUCAAUGGAUACCACAAGCCACUUCAGAUAUUACUAGUCACCGCAUGAAAGGAUACGCUCUUUCAAUUUGAAAUAAAUCAGAGCUAAAGGUGACAAUGCGUGGUAAUCCACUCAACGAAGAGUUCGAAAAGCUGGUGCAAAAGACACUAGACCUAUGGCAUGUACCCGGGAUCGCAGUUGCUGUGGUAGACGGAGACAACACCUGGGCUCAGGGCUAUGGAGUGGCAUCUUUCCCAUCAACACCAGUCACACCUUCGACACUGUUCUAUGCAGGUAGCACUACUAAAGCUUUUACGUCGGCGAUUAUGGCCACGCUUGUGGAGGACAAUGAAACAUAUCCCCACGUACAAUGGGAUACCCCAAUCAGCGAUCUGAUUCGAGACGAUUUUGUUCUCGAGAAUUCUUAUGCGACAGAGCAUGUCACAAUUGAAGAUGCUUUGUCCCAUAGAACAGGUCUUCCAAGUCAUGACGCAGCUUACGGCAAUCGCCUCAGCCGCGAUGUAGCUGCACGAGAGAUGGUGCGUCAGCUGCGCCAUCUCCCACUCACAGCCGAGCCUCGCACGCAGUAUCAGUACUGCAACCUCAUGUUUGUUGCAGCCUCUCACGUCAUCCAAACCCUGACUGGCGAAUGGUUGGGCGACUCCUUAGCCCACCGCAUUUGGGAGCCGCUUCGGAUGACGGCUACGUUUUUCAGUAGAGAGGAUGCCCUAUCUGCCAAGGAGGAUCUGGCUCGUGGAUAUUCAUACUCCCCUGAAAAGGGCUUCAAAGAGGUGGAAUGGAUGCCGCUCGAUGAAAUCUCUGGUGCAGGGUCGGUGAUCACCAAUGUGCUAGACUAUGCUAAAUGGGCUCGUGCACUAAUAAACAGGGAAAAACCAUUAUCUGAGGAAACAUACAAGGCUAUAUGGGAGCCACGCACGUUAAUCCCACACCAAGCACCAUUUACCGGGCCUCUCUCGUACGCACUCGGCUGGCAAAUCGGUGUCUACAAAGGAGUUCAAUUCUAUGAACAUUCGGGUGGCAUGAAUGCGUUUGGGGCCGAGCUUAUUUUAAUUCCAGAGCUCAAAUACAGUGUUACAAUUUUGGGGAACACUGCGCUUACCUCAAACUGCGUUUCACACACUCUUGCAUUCCAUCUAAUUGAUGAAAAGCUUGAUGUGCCACCCGAGAAAAGAUUUGAUUGGAAUCAACGUGAUUUGAAUACUAUAAAAGCAGAAAGGGAAAAGAACAUCAACUCCAUUCAACGAUUCUAUCCUAAUCUCCCUUCCCCAACCCUUCCCACUGCGGUCUCUCUACAGAAAUAUACUGGUACCUAUUUUCAUCCUGGUUACCAAAAAGUGGACAUAUAUCUUGAUAAGUCAAGCGGUGUUCUGCGCGCCGAUAGGGAGGACACCACGUGGCCAGAGUACAUGAGCUUCGAGCAUGUAAGUGGUGAGUACUUUGUAAUCAAAUCAGAACAUGAGGGUGACUAUGGGGCUUUCUUUCCGGAGACCUACCCCGCGGAGUUCCGCGUAGGAACAGACGGAAACCCAUACGAGCUUGGCAUUGGAUGGAAUAAGCAGAUGAAAGAGAAAAUUUGGCUUAAACGCAUUUGAAACGUAACAUAUGCUGUACAUACAAUUUAACUUUUGAAGUAACAUAUGAACUUUGCGAUAUUGUUUGUUUUGUCGA